ACAAAUGAGAGGCUACCUGCUGACUGCAAUCUUUCUGCUGCCCUUGGUGGCCUCAGAGUCCGAGCACUGUUUAAUAAAGCGUGAACAUGAGAAAUGCAUGGAGAGGAUCGCACUCCACAACCCCGGAGAAGACAUCGAGUUGGAGUGUCCCUGGCUGUGGGACAACCUGACCUGCUGGCAGGGGGCCAACCUCGGUGAAGUCGUGGUGGUCAACUGUCCCGAGCUCUUCCAUGACUUCAUGGGCCCCGAGGACGAAAUGGGGAGGGUCAGUCGGAACUGCACCGAGUACGGCUGGUCCGAACCUUUCCCUCACUACGUGGACGUCUGCUUCUUCUACGACAACACCACCAAACCUGACAUGUACUACGCGUCAGUCAAGGCCCUGUACACAGUCGGCUACAGCACAUCGCUGGUUUCCCUGACGACAGCCAUGGUUAUCCUCUGCAGAUUCAGGAAGCUCCACUGCACCAGGAACUUCAUCCACAUGAAUCUGUUUGUGUCCUUCAUCCUGAGAGCCAUCUCCGUCUUCAUCAAGGACGGAGUGCUGUACGCUCAGGAAGACAGCGACCACUGCUUCGUCCAGACGGUGGCGUGUAAAGCGGUGAUGGUUUUCUUCCAUUACUGUGUCAUGUCCAACUACUUCUGGCUGUUCAUUGAAGGUCUGUAUCUCUUCACCCUGCUGGUGGAGACCUUCUUCCCCGAGAGACGAUACUUCUACUGGUACACCAUCGUAGGCUGGGGGACUCCCACUAUUUGUGUGACUGUCUGGGCAGUUCUGAGGCUCCACUUCCACGACACUGGAUGCUGGGAUACUAAUGAGAACACUGCCCUCUGGUGGGUGAUCAAGGGACCUGUGGUGGCCUCGAUAAUGAUCAAUUUCGUCCUCUUCGUCGGAAUCAUCAUCAUCCUGGUGCAGAAGCUGCAGUCGCCUGAUAUCGGAGGAAAUGAAUCAAGCAUUUACCUGCGUCUGGCUCGCUCCACCCUCCUGCUCAUCCCUCUCUUUGGUAUCCACUACACCGUCUUCGCCUUCUCACCUGAGGACGUCAGUAAGCGGGAGCGGCUGGUGUUCGAACUGGGACUCGGAUCCUUCCAGGGCUUUGUGGUCGCUGUUCUCUACUGUUUCCUCAACGGAGAAGUGCAGUCGGAGAUCAAGAGGAAAUGGCGCAGCUGGACCGUGAACCGGUACUUUGCUGUGGACCUGAAGCAGCAGCGGCACCCCUCGCUGGCCAGCAGUGGGGUGAACGGCGGCACUCAGCUGUCCAUCCUCAGCAAGAGCAGCUCCCAGAUCCGCAUGUCCAGCCCGCUGGCAGAGAACGCCAACAUCAGCCUGCCGACCUGA